GGGACACCCAGGACAUUUAGUGCUCCUCCCACGCCCUGGCCCUGCCCCCGUUGCCCGACUAUUGUUGCCCCCCAACACCAUGCGAGCACGGAGGCAAUCCGGCAGCCCCGGGAACCCCCCCGGCCCGCCGACUGGCAAGAUGCUGAUCUCGCGCGAUCGAUCGAGGGUUGGGCUCGGGAGUGCCCGCGUGCGUACCACCCGCGCCUGCGAUUCCUGUCGCCAGCGCAAGGCCAAGUGCAACGGGGAGAAGCCCGUCUGUGGCCAGUGUGCAGGCCUCCAGCUGGAGUGCGUCUACUCGGAGCAGGCCCGCAUGAAGGACCGUCGCGAGCUGGAUAUGUUGCGGGCGGCCAUCCGUCGCCAGGAACGCGCCAUCCAGCGCAUGUCUGCUGCGUCGUCGUCGUCGUCUUCUUCCUCAUCCUCAAUCUCUCGUCGUCCCUCGGACCCUGCUGCCCUCCCCAACAGCAUGGAUUCUAACAUGGUCCCCCACUCACUGCCCGACACGCUGGACCGCGCCCUGGCCCUGGUCCACGUCCAGCUGCACGAGCUGGGGCAGGUCUACCAGGCCGUGCACGACUGCGAUCCGGCAGCACUGCCGUCGGUGGUCAGCGCGAUCCGGCGCAGCGCCUCGGUGCACGAGGCGGCCACUCGGCUCACGCAGCAGAUGUCGGGGCAGCGGCCGGGCAUCACGCUGGAGCGCAUGCAGCGGGCGUGGCUGACGCGACUCUCCGGCAAGCCCGAGCUGGUCAGUCGCCAGCCCUCGUACAGCGUCAGCACCGCCGACAUUUGGACCUCCGUCGUGGGCAACGCGGCCGCCUCGCACCUGUUCUCGUUGUUCUUCGUGUGGGACAAUCCCACCUGGCACGUCGUCGAGCCGGGCGUCUUCCUCGACGACUUCCACUCCGGCCGCACGCGCUUCUGCUCGUCGCUGCUCGUCCACGCCAUCCUCUUCUACGCCUGCCACCUCUCCUACGACUUCGAGAAGCCGUGGGAUCGUCGCGACGAGAUGGCCACCGCCAAGCAGCUGCUGCGCGAGAUCGAGCGCCUCUGGCAGCUCGACCACGCCACCCCGAGCCUGCCCACCGUGCAGGCCAGCCUCCUGCUGGGCGCCUUCUUCUGCGCCGCCGGCAAGGACAAGAUCGGCACGGAAUACGUGCAGUACGGCGCGCGCAUGGCCCUCCAUCUCGGCCUGCACACCUCCGUCUGCCCCGUCUUCCAGAGCCCCGUCCUCGUCGAGGCCGAGCGCAACCGCCGCGCCCACAAGAUCAUCGCCGGCGCCGUCUACGACCUGCAGACGCUCGUCGUGCAACUGUCCCGCAAGCCCACAGCCUGGCCCGGCCCCCCGGAACUGUUCCUGUCCGCCGAGGAGGCCGCCGCCGCCGAUAUCCAGCAGCAGUGGGCGCCCUACCCGUUCACCUCGCCCGUGCAUCGGCCCUUCCUGCAUACGAGUCUCCGCGUCCGACGGGAUCUGUUGAUCAUCGUCAACGACGUCGCCAGUCUGCUGCGCGAGUUGGAUGGCCACAUCGAUCUGCAUGCCUGGCAGCGCGGCGCCGUGCUUCAUCAGCGUUUGGUCCAUUUCGAGCGCGCAUUGCCUCCGGUGCUGGGCAUCCAGCGGAACCGCACGCCGCAUAAUCUCUGUUUUCACAUGUACCACCACAUGACAAUCGUCAACCUCUGCGGCCUCUUCAUGACCCGCGACCCCACCAUCCCCACCGAAACCUACCAGCAAGCCACAUCCUUCCACCCCCCAAAGGCCCUCGACGAAGCCAUGGACGCCCUCGCCACGCUCAUCCUGCUGUACCGCGUCUCGCACGGCUGGAAAUCCACCCCCAUCGUCAUGGUCCACUACUUCCUGGUCGCGGGCGUGCACGCCGCCUCGCACCUGGAGUCGUCCAAGUGGCGCGAGGUGCUCGUCAGCUGCGUCUCCGGCCUGUGGCACAUGGGCCUCGUGUGGCGCGUCUGUCGCGCCUUCUUGCGCACCAUCCAGCUGGUGCUCAAGGGGGCCGAUCCGGCCCUGAUGCCCGCCGAGGCGGUCUCCAUUCUGAAGGAGUUCGAUGAGAAGGUCUGGAAUCAGGAUGAGGUUAAUGCCCUCGGCUCUAUCUAUGUGGUGCAUCAUCAUCCGCGGCAGUUGGCGAUCGAGGCUGGUGGGGGCAGUUUUCAGGGGGAGGGGUUGGAGGAUUUGAUUCGGUCGUUUGAGAGGUUGGAUACGGAGGAUCCGGAGGAUGAGGGGGGUAGGGGGUAG